CUGCCUAAAGAAUCAAAAGGAGAUGUGUCGAGUCAGAAAGCAGGCUUCAAGAGAAAUGAGGAGAUGAGAGCGAUGGAGGUGCUUCCCAUCCUCAAAGAGAAAGUAGCCUUCCUGUCAGGUGGAAGAGACCGACGUGGUGGCCCAGUAUUAACGUUUCCCUCACGCAGCAACCACGACAGAAUACGAACGGAUGACCUGAGGAGGCUGAUCGCCUACCUCGCCGGGAUUCCCAGCGAGGAGGUGUGCAAGCAUGGCUUCACGGUCAUCGUUGACAUGCGUGGCUCCAAGUGGGACAGCAUCAAGCCUUUGCUGAAGAUCCUGCAGGAGUCCUUCCCGUCCUGCAUCCACGUAGCCCUCAUCAUCAAACCGGAUAACUUCUGGCAGAAGCAGAGGACCAACUUCGGCAGCUCUAAGUUUGAAUUCGAGACCACCAUGGUGUCGUUAGAGGGCUUGACAAAAGUCGUGGACCCCUCCCAGCUGACGUCUGACUUCGACGGCAGCCUGGACUACAACCAUGAAGAGUGGAUUGAGGUCCGCGUGGCGUUUGAGGAGUUCUCCGGUCAUGCCACUCAAAUGUUGACUCGACUUGAGGAGAUGCAGGAAACCGUGUCAAGGAAGGAUUUCCCCAAAGACUUGGAGGGAGCAAGGCGAAUGAUAGAAGAACACGCCGCGCUGAAGAAAAAGAUUAUAAAAGCACCGAUAGAAGAGCUGGAUACUGAGGGACAGAGGUUGCUUCAGAGGAUUCAGUGCAGCGAGUCCUUUUUGAACCGUAAUAGCAGCAGUGGUGGGGGUGGAGGUGGUGGUGGCACCGGCAGUAGCAGCGGUGGUGUUUGUAACCCCGACACCCAGGGCCUGGUGCCGCGGAUCACGCAGCUGCUGGACAAGCUGCACUCCACCCGGCAGCGGCUGCACCAGACCUGGCACGUCCGCAAGCUGCAGCUGGACCAGUGCUUUCAGCUUCGCCUGUUUGAACAGGACGCAGAGAAGAUGUUUGACUGGAUCAUGCACAACAAGGGUUUGUUUCUGGCAAGCUACACAGAGAUUGGCAACAACCACCCCCACGCUGUGGAGCUGCAAACCCAGCAUAACCACUUUGCUAUGAACUGCAUGAAUGUGUAUGUGAACAUUAAUCGGAUCGUGUCAGUGGGCAGCCGGCUGCUGGAAUCGGGUCACUACGCCUCUCAGCAGAUUAAGCAGAUCUCAGGUCAGCUGGAGCAGGAGUGGAAGGCCUUCGCUGCGGCGCUGGAUGAACGUAGCACACUGUUAGAGAUGUCGGCGAGCUUCCACCAGAAAUGUGACCAGUACAUGAGUAAUGUGGACUCGUGGUGUAAAGCGUGCGGCGAGGUGGACCUGCCCUCUGAGCUGCAAGACCUGGAAGAUGCAAUCCACCAUCACCAAGGCCUUUAUGAACACAUCACUGCUGCCUACUCUGAGGUGAGCCAAGAUGGAAAAGCCCUGUUGGACAAGCUUCAACGACCUUUGACCCCAGGCAGCACCGACUCGCUGACAGCAUCAGCUAACUACUCCAAAGCGGGGCACCAUGUCCUCGACAUCAUCCACGAGGUGCUGCAUCACCAGAGACAGCUAGAAAACAUCUGGCAGCACCGAAAGGUGCGGCUGCACCAGCGGCUGCAGCUCUGUGUCUUUCAGCAGGACGUCCAGCAGGUUUUGGACUGGAUAGAAAACCACGGCGAGGCCUUCCUCAGCAAACACACGGGGGUGGGAAAGUCCCUCCAUCGAGCCCGAGCUCUUCAAAAACGCCAUGAAGACUUUGAGGAAGUGGCACAGAACACGUACACCAAUGCCGACAAGCUCCUGGAGGCGGCCGAGCAGCUGGCCCAGACGGGAGAGUGCGACCCAGAGGAGAUCUACCAGGCUGCCCACCAGCUCGAAGACCGAAUCCAGGACUUCGUUCGCCGCGUGGAGCAGCGCAAAGUCCUGCUGGACAUGUCUGUUGCCUUCCACACGCACGUCAAAGAGCUGUGGACGUGGCUGGAGGAGCUGCAGAAGGAGCUGCUGGACGACGUUUACGCCGAGUCCGUGGAGGCCGUCCAGGAUCUGAUCAAACGCUUCGGCCAGCAGCAGCAGACCAUGCUGCAGGUCAACGUCAACGUCAUCAAGGAGGGGGAGAACCUCAUCCAGCAGCUCAGGGACUCUGCCAUCUCCAGCAACAAGACACCCCACAACAGCUCCAUCAACCACAUCGAGAGCGUCCUCCAGCAGCUGGACGAGGCCCAGGCCCAGAUGGAGGAGCUCUUCCAGGAGAGAAAGAUCAAACUGGAGCUUUUCCUGCAGCUCCGCAUCUUCGAGAGGGAUGCCAUCGAUAUCAUCUCUGACCUGGAGUCCUGGAACGAGGAGCUGACGGGUCAGCUGAACGACUUCGACACCGAGGACCUGACGCUGGCCGAGCAGAAGCUUCAGCACCACGCCGACAAAGCCCUCACCAUGAACAACCUCACCUUCGACGUCAUCCACCAGGGCCAGGAGCUGCUGCAGUACGUCAAUGAAGUCCAGGCCUCUGGCGUGGAGCUGUUGUGUGAUCGGGACGUGGACAUGGCCACGCGGGUCCAGGACUUGCUGGAGUUCCUUCACGAGAAGCAGCAGGAGCUGGAUGUGGCGGCUGAGCAGCACCGCAGACACCUGGAGCAGUGCGUCCAGCUGAGACACCUGCAGGCUGAAGUCAAGCAGGUUCUGGGUUGGAUACGAAACGGCGAGUCGAUGCUGAACGCUGGUCUGAUCACAGCCAGCUCCCUGCAGGAAGCCGAACAGCUGCAGAGAGAACAUGAACAGUUUCAACAUGCCAUCGAGAAAACCCAUCAGAGCGCCCUGCAGGUCCAGCAGAAGGCAGAGGCUCUGCUCCAGGCCAACCAUUACGACAUGGAUCUGAUCCGAGACUGCGCAGAGAACGUGGCGUCUCACUGGCAGCAGCUGAUGCUGAAGAUGGAGGACCGACUCAAGCUGGUCAACGCCUCCGUGGCCUUCUACAAAACCUCAGAGCAGGUGUGCAGCGUGCUGGAGAGCCUGGAGCAGGAGUACAAGAGGGAGGAGGACUGGUGCGGAGGAGCUGACAAACUGGGACCCAACUGUGAGACGGAGCACGUCACCCCCAUGAUCAGCAAGCACCUGGAGCAGAAGGAGGCGUUUCUCAAGGCGUGCACUCUGGCCAGAAGGAAUGCAGAUGUUUUCCUCAAGUACAUGCACCGAAACAGCGUCAACAUGCCGGGGCUGCUGAGUCACGUCAAGGCGCCAGAGCAGCAGGUUAAAAACAUCCUCAACGAGUUGUUACAGAGAGAGAACCGGGUUCUGCACUUCUGGACUAUGAGGAAACGCCGGCUGGAUCAGUGUCAGCAGUACGUUGUGUUUGAACGCAGCGCCAAACAGGCUUUGGAGUGGAUUCACGACACCGGAGAGUUUUAUUUGUCCACACACACGUCCAUUGGCUCCAGCAUCCACCACACACAGGAGCUCCUGAAGGAGCAUGAGGACUUCCAUAUCACAGCUAAGCAAACCAAGGAGCGCGUAAAGUUGCUCAUCCAGCUGGCUGACGGCUUCUGUGAGAAAGGCCACAGCCACGCCGCUGACAUCAAAAAAUGGGUGACCGCUGUCGACAAGCGCUACCGAGACUUCUCCUUACGGAUGGACAAGUACCGCUGCAGCCUGGAGAAAGCCCUGGGCAUCCCCUCGGACUCUAAUAAGGCAAGUAAAGACCUUCAGCUGGACAUCAUCCCGGCCACAGCUCCCGGGUUAGAGGUCAAGCUGAGAGAAGCUGCAGCGCACGAGAUGAACGAGGAAAAGCGCAAGUCUGCACGCAGAAAAGAGUUCAUCAUGGCAGAGCUGAUUCAGACAGAAAAGGCCUACGUGCGCGACCUGCGCGAGUGCAUGGAUACGUACCUGUGGGAGAUGACCAGUGGAGUUGAGGAGAUUCCUCCAGGAAUCAUCAACAAGGAGCACAUCAUCUUUGGAAACAUGCAAGACCUCUUCGACUUCCACCACAGCAUUUUCCUCAAAGAGUUGGAGAAAUAUGAGCAGCUGCCGGAGGAUGUUGGCCAUUGCUUCGUCACAUGGGCUGACAAGUUCCAGAUGUACGUGAACUACUGUAAGAACAAACCAGACUCCACGCAGCUCAUAUUGGAGCAUGCUGGAAACUACUUUGAUGAAAUCCAACAACGGCACCGACUGGCCAACUCCAUCUCCUCCUAUCUGAUCAAACCAGUGCAGAGAAUCACAAAGUAUCAGCUCCUGCUGAAGGAGCUGCUGACGUGCUGCGAAGAAGGUAAAGGAGAGAUUAAAGACGGUCUGGAGGUGAUGCUCAGUGUUCCCAAGAGAGCCAACGACGCCAUGCAUCUCUCCAUGCUGGACGGAUUUGAUGAAAACAUCGAGUCGCAGGGCGAGCUCAUUCUCCAGGACUCAUUCCAGGUCUGGGAUCCAAAGACUUUGAUCCGUAAGGGUCGGGAGCGCCACCUCUUCCUCUUUGAGAUGUCUCUUGUCUUCAGCAAAGAGGUGAAGGACUCGAACGGCAGGAGCAAAUACAUCUACAAGAGUAAACUUUUUACUUCGGAGUUGGGAGUAACGGAACAUGUUGAAGGAGACCCAUGUAAGUUUGCUUUAUGGGUGGGACGCACACCAACCAACGACAACAAGAUUGUGCUCAAGGCGUCCAAUAUAGAGAACAAACAGGACUGGAUAAAGCACGUCAGGGAGGUGAUCCAGGAGCGCACCAUUCACCUGAGAGGGGCGCUCAAAGAGCCCAUUCACAUUCCCAAAGCAACUACAGCCAAGCACCACAAGGGUCGAAGGGAUGGAGAGGACCUGGACAGUCAGGGUGAAGGCAGCAGCCAACCGGACACCAUCUCUCUGGCGUCUCGCACCUCUCAGAACACACUGGACAGCGACAAACUCUCCGGCGGCUGCGAGCUGACUGUAGUGAUUCAUGACUUCAUGGCCAGCAAUAGCAAUGAGCUGACAGUGAGGCGCGGCCAGACGGUGGAGGUUCUGGAGCGGUGUCAUGACAAGCCCGACUGGUGCCUGGUCAGGACGACGGACCGCUCGCCAGCCCAGGAGGGCUUGGUUCUCUGUUCCAUGCUCUGCAUCGCCCACUCCAGGUCUUCCAUGGAGAUGGAGGGCAUCUUCAAUCACAAAGACACUUUGUCAGUGUGCAGCAAUGACUCCAUUAUGCCAGGUUCUUCUGCUACGCUCCAGCCGGGCCAUGGUAUCGGCUCUCACAGCUCACCGGGGCCGAAACGACCAGGUAACACGCUUCGUAAGUGGCUCACCAGCCCGGUGCGCCGGCUGAGCAGCGGCAAGGCAGACGGCCACGUAAAGAAGCUCGCCCAGAAGCAUAAGAAGAGCCGUGAGGUGAGGAAGAGCGGGGAGAUGACGAUGGGCUUCCAGAAAGACUCUGACGACAGCGCCGCAACUCCUCAAGACGAAACUCUGGAGGAGAGGGUUCGUAACGAGGGCCUGUCCAGUGGUACGUUGUCCAAGUCCAGUUCCUCAGGCAUGCAGAGCUGCGGAGAGGAAGAGGGCGAGGAGGGUGCUGACUCCGUACCGCUGCCUCCACCCAUGGCCAUCCAGCAGCACAGCCUGCUGCAGCCGGACUCACAGGACGACAAGACAUCUUCUCGUCUGUCUGUCCGUCCGUCCAGUUCAGAGACGCCUAGCGCCGCUGAGUUGGUGAGCGCCAUCGAGGAGUUGGUCAAAAGCAAGAUGGCUCUGGAGGACCGACCCAGCUCUCUGUCUGUGGAGCAGGGGGACAGCAGCUCUCCCUCCUUCAACCCCUCUGAUAACUCCCUCCUGUCCUCCUCCUCACCCAUAGAAGAGGUGGAUGAACGCCGGGCUAGCAUCCUCAAAAGAAGACAUCAUGUCCUGUUAGAGCUGGUAGACACAGAGCGAGAGUACGUCAGAGACCUCAGCCUCCUGGUGGAGGGCUACAUGAGCAGGAUGAAGGAGGAGGGCGUUCCUGAUGACAUGAAGGGGAAAGAUAAAAUUGUGUUUGGAAACAUCCAUCAGAUCUACGAUUUUCACAAAGAUUUCUUUCUCAGGGAGUUGGAGAAAUGUUUAGAAGACCCCGACAGACUGGGCCCACUUUUUCUCAAACAGGAACGGAGGUUACACAUGUACGUAAUCUACUGUCAAAACAAGCCUAAGUCUGAGCUCAUCGUGUCGGAGUACAUCGACACCUUCUUUGAGGAUCUGAAGCAGCGACUGGGACACAGACUGCUGAUCACAGAUCUGCUCAUCAAGCCCGUCCAACGGAUCAUGAAAUACCAGCUGCUGCUCAAGGACUUUCUCAAACAUUCAAAAAAGGCCGGGAUAGAUCCUCCAGAUUUAGAGAAAGCGGUGGAGGUCAUGUGCAUUUUGCCAAAAAGGUGUAACGACAUGAUGAACGUGGGCCGACUUCAGGGAUUUGAUGGGAAGAUUGUGGCUCAGGGUCGCCUUUUGCUUCAGGACACGUUUCUGGUGUCUGACCCAGAGGGCGGUCCACUCGGCCGAAUGAAGGAGAGGAGAGUGUUCCUGUUCGAACAGCUCGUCAUCUUCAGCGAGCCCCUGGAUAAGAAGAAGGGUUUCUCUCUGCCGGGCUUUCUUUACAAGAACAGCAUCAAGGUGAGCUGCUUGGGUCUGGAGGAGAGUGUGGAAGGUGAUCCCUGUAAGUUCAUCCUCACUUCUCGGUCACCCAGCAGCACCGUGGAGUCCUUCGUGCUUCACUCCUCCCAUCCAGGCGUGUGUGACGUUUGGACCCUUCAGAUCAGCCAGAUGAUCGAGAGCCAACGCAACUUCCUCAACGAGUAUCAGAGGAACCAUGUGGGGGCCAGCGAUAGCCCGUGCCUGACGUCCUUGGGUGCUCCAUGUGGGGGCGGUGGCAGUACAUCCCCUGUAGUUGGAAGUGAAAACAACCAGAGCAGCUCCGUCCCGUCAGGACUCCAGACUGGCUCCCGUCGGCCUUCCAGGAUUCCACAACCCUCCCGUUUGCCUCAACCCCUACGCCACCAGCCCGGGGCCGACCCAGAGGGCCCCAACAAGACAUUAGGUUCAUCCCCUCGUCCCGUCCCUCCUCCCCUGUUUCCUUCAGGGGGGAAUCCGCAAGGCAAGCAUCCGUCCCUGACCCCAGAGGACCCCUCACAGACCCCCACUCUUACCAGCACUGUUAACCCUAUUCCUCAUGCCAAUGUUGGGCCUCUGCCCUCCACACCAACUUCCAAAGCACGGCCAGGAGCCGUGUCUCCCAUCGCCUCACCACUGGCCACCCCCGCCUUUGGAAAAGAUGCCCUCCCUCCUCCCCCUCCUAGUCCAGGCCAAAAGUCUGGGUCUGGAUUUUGGAGCUCCAUGCCGGGCUCUCCAGCCAGCCGGCCUGGUUCAUUCACCUUUCCUGGGGAGGCAGGAGAGACUUCAGUCCGACAGAACUCAAACCAGAUCUCAGCUGGUUCUGGGAAUCAAACCCAUAGGCACUCCACACACAGCAAGGACGCCGAUCGUAUGAGUACAUGCUCAUCAACCAGUGAGCAGUCCAUCCAAUCCACCCAGAGUAACGGGAGUGAAAGUAGCAGCAGCAGUAGCGUAUCCACCAUGUUGGUGACCCAGGACUACAUGGCUGUGAAGGAGGACGAGAUCAGCGUUUUUCAGGGUGAAGUGGUCCAGAUCUUGGCCAGCAACCAGCAAAACAUGUUUCUGGUGUUCAGGGCAGCUACUGAGCAGGGCCCCGCCGCCGAGGGCUGGAUCCCCGGAUUUGUGCUGGGACACACCUCAGCCAUUGUCCCCGACUGCUCUGAGGGACCCAUAAAGAAAUCUUCAUCUUGGCACACGUCUCUGCGUAUCCGCAAGAAGUCUGAGAAAAAGGAGAAGGAGGUGAAAAAGGAGACCAAGCUGGAAAAUGGUUACAGGAAGUCCAGAGAUGGACUGGCUACUAAAGUUUCUGUAAAGCUUCUAAAUCCAAACUACAUCUACGAUGGCCCCCCAGAGUUUCUCGUUCCUCUGAGUGAUGUGACGUGUGACAACGGCGAGAGCGUCACCUUGAGAUGUAAGGUCUGUGGUCGACCUCGCGCCACGGUCACCUGGAGAGGACCUAACCAAAGCAACCUCGCUCACAAUGGACACUUCAGCCUCGCCUACAGUGAUGCGGGUGAAGCGACGCUGCGGAUCAUCGGCGCAGCCUCUGAGGAUGAUGGUGUUUACACUUGCAUUGCUACUAACGAACUUGGCACUGUGACGACGUCUGCUAGCCUCAGAGUUUUGGCUGUGUCCACUGAUGGGCGCCGAGUCAGCUGGAAGGAUAACUUUGAGUCUCACUACACUGAGGUGGCUGAACUUGGAAGGGGUCGUUUCUCCGUCGUCAAGCGCUGCGAUCACCGCGGCACCAAACGUACGGUCGCCGUUAAACACGUGAACAAGAAGCUGAUGAAGAGAGACCGGGUGACCCAGGAGCUCAACCUGCUGCAGAGGCUCCAGCACCCGCACCUCGUGAGCCUGGUCGACACGUUUGAAACCUCCAGCAGCUACGCUCUGGUCCUGGAGAUGGCUGAGCAGGGCCGACUGCUUGACUACAUCGUUAGCUGGGGGAAUCUGACAGAAGAGAAGGUCGCCUGCUACCUGAGGAACGUUUUAGAAGCUUUACAUUACUUGCACAACUGCAGAAUUGUACAUCUGGAUGUAAAACCUGAGAACCUGCUGGUCUCCCACAGCUCCAGCGGCCAGCCGACAGUCAAAGUCACGGACUUCGGUGACGCCGUGCAGCUGAACAGCGCCCACUACAUCCACCCUCUCCUGGGCAGCCCCGAGUUCGCCCCCCCAGAGCUGGUUCUGGGAGAUCCCGUGUCGCUGACCUCUGACCUGUGGAGUCUCGGCGUGGUGACCUACGUGCUGCUGAGCGGCGCCUCCCCCUUCCUGGACGAGAGCGCAGAGGAAACCUGCCUGAACAUCUGCAAGUUGGACUUCAGCUUCCCCAGGGAUUACUUCCAGGGGGUCAGCCAGGCGGCCCGGGACUUCGUGUGCCUGCUCCUCCGCUCCGACCCCAGCAGGAGACCACCGGCUGGGCUCUGCCUCCAGGAACCGUGGCUGCAGGCCGGCCCGGGUGACGGGCGGGUCCGAGCGGAGGGCUGCCUGGACACGGCGCGCCUCAUUUCCUUCAUCGACAGGAGGAAACACCAGACGGACGCGCGGCCCAUCGGAGGCGUCCGGAGCUUCAUUCAAAGUCGCCUUCAGUCUCCAGUUUGAGCGAGUCCCCCCACCCCCCGCUGAUCUCGUCCUCCUUCCAGUCCGAAGCGAUUCAGAGCCCUCUGAACAUCCUGCCUCACCAACCUCGUCUGCUGCUGCUUGCUAGUUUUAACUCAAAUUUUCUAUCAAAACGAACAAAGUAACUUAUUUUCCGUGGCGUCCAGCCCGAGUCGAGGAGCGCUCUGAGAACUUGGAGGAGCCGUGACGCCAGCAGAGCGAGCACUUCCUGUUUGUUUAUCCCACCUGUCCGUCCUUUUCCACUGAAGCUGCGCUGGAGCUGCAGCACGGACGAGUCUGAGUCCACCUCUGCAAACAGAACAAACAAGGUUUCGUCCAACAUUUACCCCCCCCCCC